CUGGCUUUGUUGACAAAGAAGUCUGGCAAAUAAACACCGAUGAGACACUGACAUAUAUAUCCCAAUCACGCCGGUUUCGUAACGUUUUCACACAUAGCAAAACCAUUCAUCAAAUUUUCUACCCAUUUUAUGUUCUUAAAAACGGCCUAUAAUAUUCUUGCAUCGAUUUUGUCUGCGCCUUGUAAUCAUGCUGUAAAAGGUCACUGUGCAAUUAAAUGAUUAACGUGGAGUUUUGUAUAAUUUCUUUCGCUACCGAUGCGGGAUUAUUGACUGCUGGUUAAUACCGGUUAUGGGAUCUAAUUUAUCAGGAAGAACUGCUAUUAUGCCUGCGUAUAACGGGAAUGUUAGGAAGCCAACGAAUGGUCUGUUGGUGGAAUAUUUGGCGCGCGGCGGUCACUUGACCGUUGCCUAUAUUUUAUUGGUCAUCUUGGCAUUCAUUUGCACCGGCAUCUGCACAUCACCAACACACGCCGGAGCCUUCGCAGCGGAGAGCGUAAAGACGCCCUUCCGCACCAAGCGCAUGAGCAUCCGCAUGGGCAAAUCCUUGGACACGGAGGAGCCGGCGGCCGUGGCGGGCAGCAAGCUGGAGCCGCCGUACUUCCUGGUCAAACUGGUGCUGGGCAAGGCUUCCAACGCGGCGGAACCGGCGCCGGCGCACAGCCCGUUCAACCUCAGCCGCAUCGAGGAAGUGGGCCGGUUCUUCCGCGGCAGCAUGCCGGUGGGGACGGACCUGCUCAACCGCUACUUCAUCUUCCGCUACGUCGACCACGCCGGUCAGGACCGCUGGACGAUCGCGCACGACGAGCGCCACACGCACCGCGGCUCCACCGGCAACCUGCACUUCGCGCCGGCCAACGACAGUCACCCGGCAGGCGGCGGUCGCGUGACGACGCCGCGUCCCAAUCCAGAAAAGCACGCGUCGUCCACGCCGCGCUCCGUGACGCCGCCGGAGCACGACGAGCACGGCGACAGUCCGCAUGCGCUGCAGCACGUAGCUGCCACCGCGGAGGAGCAUGUCGCCUCACCGGAAACGCUGUAGAGGAUUUAGCAGCCGGCCCGGGCGGUUGGUAGUAACGACAGCUUCUCCGCUCUAAAGCGGCGCGUGCCGGUUCUCACCAGCGAAAAGCGUGGGAACGACGAUGCCUGCUGGUUUCCCUGGACCGAAAGUGCAGUAUUAGACUGUUUGUCAUAUUUUCCAUUUUUGUUGGAACAAAAUAGGAGAUCAUAAUUCGUAUGCUUUGAUUAAAUUGUGAUUAUACUGUGUAUUUUCCGGUUGAUACCGAUGAAAAAUGAAAGUCUGCUGACGAAAUAGCAGCGCCAAUGAACGCAUGUUUUAAUUAUUAUUUACCGGUUUUAAUUGCAGUUUUAGCUGUCAAGCUAUGCAAAAUGUUUACGAU